GAGUAAGCAACUUGCCUCACCGUAGCGGUAUGCCAUUUGAGACCUUGAGAUUCACCGUGGAUAAUCAGUGCCAAGGCUAGCCAUAUCGGGCGACGCGACUUGCUAGCCUGAGGCUGGUGCGACUGUUUUCUGAAGCUUUAGAGUCCACUAUUCAGGUACCAACUUGGUGCAGCGUUGUGGUUUUCCCCAACUUGCGCAUAUGGCUCGGCGACCACGUCUCGCGGCGCAAGCCGCUCAGGCUUCGAUGAGAACACCGAUCCCAAACAUAUCGGAUAAUGAAGAUGAGGAGAUGGCAGAUGCUAGUCCUGGAGGUCCAGCGACACCACAAGAUGAUGAGGAGAACGGAGAGAAUGAAGAGGAUGAAGACAUGAAUGAAGCAGAAGAGGCUCCUACACCGUCCAGAGACUCGGCGCAACCUUCUCGUUCGGCGACUCCUCGACGCGGCCGACCGUCCCUACAAUUCGGACGACGGAAGCGGCUGGGUCGACCACCCAAGAACCGGCAACCGCUCUCCGACGACGAAAAUAAUGACGCUACUUCAGAGGUUAGCACUCCAAAGAGGAGGGGUGGCUUCCGUGGCCAUCGAGGCGGGAGAUGGAGAGGCAGGGGCGGCGUUACAAGAACACCAGCUCCUCUCGAUCUGAAUGGAAACCCAAUGCAGAUCGUAAAUGAUGAGGUUGAACUGCCUGGAGACCCGGAAGGAGAAACGAAAGUGGAUAAGAGAGGCCAGCUUUUGGAUGGGAGAGAAUAUCGCGUGCGGACGUUCACCAUUAUGGGAAGAGACGAGCGACUUUACAUGCUCUCCACCGAGCCAGCACGAUGCAUCGGCUUUCGUGAUUCCUACCUCUUCUUCCAGAAACAUCCGAAUCUGUACAAGAUCAUCAUUGACGAUGACGAGAAACGAGAUCUCAUCGAGCGGGAUGUGCUCCCUCAUUCCUACAAGGGCCGAGCUAUUGGUGUUGUAACCGCUCGCUCAGUGUUCCGCGAGUUUGGAGCAAAGAUCGUGAUUGGGGGAAAGAAGGUCAUUGACGACUAUCAGACUCAAGCGGCACGCGAACGAGGGGAUGUGGAAGGUGAAUUGGCUGUCCCCGACGACCGUUUACCGGCACCUGGAGAGCCCUAUAACCGCAAUCAGUAUGUUGCAUGGCAUGGUGCGAGCGCGGUCUACCACACCAACGCCUCUAGUGUGCCAGGCCCCAUUGCCAAAGCACAGGACAUCAAGAGACGCAAGAUUGUGGUAACAAGUGACAACUGGAUGUACGAACAUGCCAGGGAAGCCAGUCGUUUUAAUUCUAUGCUUACAGCUGCUCGUUCGGACAACCAAAAUGGUGUAUACGACAUUCACACUAACGCCAUGCACUGGCCGAGUUAUAUGCAGCCAACGCAUGCUCGAUGGGAAGUCGUCCACGACGAGAAUGAUUUUGAAUUAUUGGAACAAGUACCAAGACUGCCCAAACUUGACCCGGUGUAUGGCAGGAAUUUCCGGAUACACGACCUCUGCCUUGAAACCGCACCAGAGUCAUGGCUUGGACGACCAGGUUCGGACGGAGAAGAUGAAGGGCUUUCGUCCAUUCCCGCCACGAUACUGGAAGAGCUACCGCCGGAGUGCCUGGACGCUUUUGAAGCGGCAAAGUCACGCGAGGCCAGCUGGCGUAGCAAGUGGCAUUCCGAACGUGCGGACGGUCUACGUGCGCACUUCCUCUCAUCCGUCGAUUGGUAUCCAAGAUGAGCACUCAGCAGGUCAGCCUAGGACGUGUUCCAGGCAUUAAAGAAAACACGACUUCCAGGCCGAGGUUGCAGGGAAGAUGCCACCAAGCAUAAGGGUUAUUGUGGCUUCACCAAAGACUCAUGAAGCCUUUGCUUGGGUGAAGGUGCAUGCUUCGAUC